GAAGAGUAAAGAAAACAGAGGAAGCUUUCGUGUUCGGCAACAAAUUUAGAAACCCUCGUUAUUACAGAUACAUUUGUGCGACCUCAUUCAAUAUCUGUAGUUGAAGAUUAAGGAGCAAGUCCUUUCAAAUUUAGAAAAGUACAGAUAUCUCUGAAACCAUCAGGAGCUCCAAAAAGGUAUGGCGCACACAGAAAUGCGAAAGGAAAGUUCAAACCUCGAAAGCUGCGAUGCUUACUUUGAGACCAUCCAAAGCCGGAAGAAAUUGCCGCUUUCAUUACAAGAGACUUUGACAGCCGCAUUUGCAAGAAUUCCCGUUUCGUCCUUCCCAGAAGUUCCCGGAGGCCACGUGAUCGAGAUUCUAGCAGACACGUCCAUUUCCGACACGGUCAAAAUUUUAUCCCAACACAACAUCUUGUCAGCUCCAGUAAGAAACCCUGAUGCAGGAAACAGUGUGGAUUGGAGAGAGAGGUAUUUGGGAAUCAUCGAUUACUCAGCCAUUGUUUUGUGGGUGUUGGAGAGUGCUGAAAUCGCUGCGGCUGCCUUGACGGCCAGUUCGGCCACCGCUGCUGGGGUUGGUGCUGGUGCCGUUGGCGCUCUUGGGGCCCUUGUGUUGGGCGCAACGGGUCCUGCUGCGAUCGCUGGGCUGGCCGUCACUGCAGUCGGUGCAGCAGUGGCUGGUGGUUUGGCUGCCGAUAAAGGGAUAGGAAAAGAUGCUGCCACGGCGGCUGAUAAGUUGGGGGAGGACUUUUACAAAGUCAUUCUUGAAGAAGAACCUUUCAAGUCGACCACUGUGAGGUCAAUACUGAAAUCCUACCGUUGGGCACCUUUCCUUCCGGUUGCAACUGAUAGUUCUAUGUUGAGCGUCUUAUUGCUCCUAUCAAAAUACAGGCUGAGGAAUGUACCUGUAAUAGAACCGGGCCAACCUUCCAUUAAGAACUUCAUUACUCAAUCUGCCGUCAUUCAGCGCCUUGAUGGAUGCAGAGGAAGAGAUUGGUUUGAUUUCAUUUCCGCUCAAUCUGUAUCUGAUCUCGGGCUCCCUUUCAUGUCUAGUAAUGAGGUAGUUAGUAUACAGAGCAAUGAACUGAUUUUGGAAGCUUUCAAGAAAAUGAAAGAUUACCAUAUCGGAGGCCUUCCAGUCAUUGAGGGUCCGAACAAAAAGAUCAUCGGCAAUGUGAGCAUAAGAGACAUCAGACACUUGUUGCUCAAACCUCAGCUUUUCUCUAAUUUCAGGCAACUCACUGUGAUGGAUUUCAUGAACACCGUUGUAUCGACAACCCAUGAUACUGGGAGGGUCAUCACACCAAUAACAUGCAAGCUUGGCUCAACUCUCGGAAGUGUGAUCUACAGUCUUGCUUCCAAGUCAGUUCACCGGAUUUACGUGGUGACACCAGAGGAAAACGAAGUUGUGGGAGUUAUUACUCUCAGAGAUGUGAUUUCUUGCUUCAUCCAUGAGCCCCCUAACCAUUUUGAUAAUUACUUUGGGUUUGCAGUGCAAGAAAUGUUGAGCCAGUGACACGUCUCUCUUGCUGAACUUGGUUAAUAACUUCAUACAAUGAGUAAGAAGAUCUGGGUUAGGGACCGAGAGAAUUUUGUGUCAAUUCACUUUUGGCAAGUUGUUUUGAGUUACAGGAAACGUUUACCAACUACUUGAAUGCUAUUUGAAAGUUGCCAUAUUAUAAUUUGUAUUUGAGCAUGUGAUUAACAAUUGGAAUUUAGGUCAGUGUAGGCAAACCAACCUGUGUUUUUAAAAACACUUGCAACACUUCACUGUAAUACCCUUUUUUGAAGAGCCCAGAAACAGUAGCAUUGAGCAAUUCGGAUGUCAGGCAUUUCGUCGAACACUUUGUUAGCAAUUUUUUUAAGAGAUGAAGCUUUCAUGUGUUGGUUGUUUCUCCUUGUGUGGCCGUUAUUGCUCAAGGGUUUGGUCAUGCACACUAGUGUCUCUAUAGCUUGUCAUCAUACAGUAUUUCUGUCUUUUAUUUUAUAAGAGAUGAAGCUUUCAUG